UCGACUUUGCGGUGGACGAGGCCCACGAGGCUAUCUUUGGUAACGUAGGACAGUGCUGCUCAGCUGGCUCCCGUACUUUUGUCCAAGAGGGAAUCUACGAUGAGUUUGUCAAGAAAAGUGUGGAGAAAGCAAAGGCAAGAGUCAUUGGAGAUCCGUACAUUGAUGGCACGCAAUCAGGUCCACAGAUUGACAAAGAACAGUUCGAUAAAGUUCUUGACAAAAUUGAAUCUGGUAAAAAGGAAGGUGCAACAUUGUCGUGUGGAGGAAAUCGUCAUGGCAACAAAGGCUUCUUCUUGGAAUCAACUGUCUUUUCUGAUGUCACUGAUGAUAUGACUGUUGCCAGGGAAGAGAUUUUUGGACCUGUUCAAGUAAUUUUGAAAUUCAAAGACAUCGAAGAGGUGAUUGAGCGUGCUCACAAGACCCACUAUGGCUUAGCUGGUGCUGUGUUUACAAAGAAUCUCGACAUCGCCAUGACAGUUGCUCACAGCCUUAAUGUCGGAACAGUCUGGGUUAAUUGCUACAAUGUUGGUGGACCUUCAGUUCCUUUCGGUGGCUUCAAACAGUCUGGGUUUGGCAGAGACCUGGGAGAGGAUUCAUUGAAAGAAUAUCAUGAGGUUAAGACAGUAGUCAUUAAAGUGCCGGAGAAGAAUUCAUAAACUGUAUUAUUAUUAUUGCAAUAAUUCAUAAAAGUCUUUUUCUGACAUCAUUGCAGUAGUUCUAAAUGGAUAAUUUUAAUAAUGAAAAUAAAUUCAAGUUUUUGUUCUUGAUUUCGAAAAGGCUAGUAAUUUUCUUAUUAAUUAAAUUUUAAAGAUGUGUUUACAUUCAAGUUGCUUCUUCACCAAUAAUUUUCAAAGUAAAAAACUAUAUACAUUUUAAACUUUUUCCUUUUUUAAGAAAACCAGGAAACAGGGCUUUAAUUUAGUCAUAUUGGUACAGAGAAUUAGCAAAGAAUGUUUUUUCUUAUAACUUCAAAACACAGUAUAAUUAUGUUUAUGUGUAUGUGCAUCAAUGAUACAUUCAAAAAGUAAACUUUAAUCAGCGAUAAUUGUUUUGUGAAAAUAAAAGUGUGAAAAACACUCUAAA